GCAUUGUGCUCCACACUUUGUCCUGUAGCCCCGCGAUGGGAUCUGGAGGUGAAGCUACCUUAAGGAUAGAUUCAUGUAUCCACACUAGGAGUGAGAAGUUGCAGUAAUCUUUUGAGUUUGGCAGCUUUUUGUGAAAGUUGAGCUUCAGGCUGACCUGUAGGGAGUUUUAUUGUGAAGGUGCAGACCGGACCUGUUCUUCUUCUUCUUCUUCUUCUUCUUCUUCGUCUUUGUUCUCUAAAUUCGGUAAACGGCUGAGCCCGAGCCGACAGGAGGACCCCGGACUGUGUUGUUUUCAACGGGCUCUCGGUAUCGAACCCGGCCGGUACAUCUCACCAUUCAGCUCCGACAGUAUUCUCCAAACACAGAGGACACACACUCUGCCGUGUGAACGAGAAACACAAAAAGUUCACGAAGUUUUGGGCGUGAGACGAGAGACGUGUGUGAUGCUAACUAGGAGAGCUAACUUAGCUCCUCUGUUGUGACAGACAACCACCAGCUAGCGUCGGUGAAGGUGUUACAAAGUUUCAGCCAAACACUGACGGCAUCGACCUGAAGCCUGCGACGACGUAAAAGUUUGUUCGCUUGUGUUAACCUGCACAGUUAUCAUCCUGGAUGGUUCCCCAAAGGUGUCAGGUGAAACCAAAGACAUGUAGCUGAGAAGCUGCACUUCUAAAUGCUGCCAGUCUGUGAAAGCUGCCCCCCCCCCACCCCCCUCUUUGUACAUUUACCUGCUCAAACACACCCACAGGUGUUUCUAUGGCACAUAACUCUGCCCAGGCCUUGUCAACAAGUGCUGCAACUUAACGGCUGAGCUGGCAGUGCAUGCGUGCUUUACAAGUGAGCUCACAUAGCUGCUUGGCUGACUCAAGCAAGAGGAGCUUAAAUCAAACUUUAGUGAACUCAUUUUUAAUUCACCUCCAGGCGGCUCAGUGAGGGAGGAUGACAGCUGUGGUGGGCCGGGCGUGGGGGUGGGUUCGCUCCUGGGGCGGCAGCAGCAGCAGUAAAGUAGUGUCUGAGAAUACCCCCGCAGUAACAGCUGAGGAACAGAAGCAGGUCAGCCGGGGCGGCAGGGGGUGGAUCUCUUGGGUCUGGGGAGGAUGGGGACGUCAGAGUGAUAGUCCGGCAGAGGAGUUCUGGGAGGCGCAGGAGAAGCUUCAGCCCAUGGAGAUCGAAGUGCUCCGUGCAGGAAAGCAGGAGACCGAAUCAAGCUCACAGCUGGUUUCCAGAUGGUGGAGUAACUAUAUGCCAACUUCUUACCUUCCCUGGCCGAGAAAAACGGAACCAAGCGGAGUAAGAAGAAGAAAACGGGAUGGUCGGAGUGAAGAAGAUGUUGACGGGGACUUCUCAGACUACGGUACACCACCCCCCUCUCCCACCCCUCCCAGAACAUCUCCCUUCAGACUCUUUGUGAACGGCUUGAAGGUGGAAAUCCAUCCAGAGCACCAUGAGAUCUGCUUCAACUUCCUCCGCCACCUGUUUGACUUGUUUGUGGUCGGCUUCCUGUGGACCGUGUCCCCCCCAGCCAAGCUGGUCCUGGAGGUUCUGGGGGUCACGGGGGCCCUGAGGCUGUGGCUUCACGGCAUGGCCAUGUUCUUCGUGUCCACAGUGGGGAUGGCAGGAUUACUCUGGCUGGUUCAGGAGUAUCUCCCGCAGUUUGCUCUGCUCUACGGGAUCAUCCAGGCGCUGGUGAUCUCCGUCAGCGUGCGACAGAGCGUCCUCCUCGGCACGGAGGAUGAGGAAGAAGGAGAACAGGAAGAGGAGGGCAAAGAGACUGAUGACAUGAUGGAGAGCAGGGAACACAAAGAGAAGGUCAUGUCUGUGAAGGACAAGGUGAAGACAAAUUAGACUUCAGAGGCUGAGUCCACCUGUAUCUCACCUGUAUAUAAGAGAUGCAGGAUCUGUGACAUCACAGCAGGUGUGUGACAUCACCACAGACGGACUUGGCCCACAGAGUCAGCUCCUGCAGCCGGACUCACAUGUUGUAUUGCACACUAAUUACAAACUGAUAGACGUUGUACUCGUGUCACUUUAUGUUCAACACUCUCGACCUGCAGUUUAUAUUCAUGUCGUCACCUGAGUGUUGAGUUCAGCAUCAAUGAAUACCACGACUAUAAUCACAGGAGGGGUUGUGAAUGUCAAGAAAAGACGAUGAUAUGCAGUAUUUCAGAAAAUAGUCUGUUGCAUUUUAUCUUGUUAGCUUUUUAUUUCUUGUCCUGUUGGACUUUUCCCUCUCUGAUGUUCUGACAGACAGUCACCGUGUGCCUUCGGUACAUUCUGAGGAAGGAGAAAUGAACCCAAUGUAACGCAAAACAAUCAAACACACCCACAGCUGGAAUGAGCAGAAAUAUGCUGAAUCAACUCCAGGAGGAGGAAAAUGUGAAACCAUACAAGCCGCCGCAUCGUGAAACACUACAAGAUGAAACAGCUGUAUCAUCAUCAGAGCGGAUUUUAGGGGAUCUAAGAAGUUUGGUGUGGAUAUUCUCCAAGGCACCAAAGUACAGACAAACUUUAUGCACAGUGUCCGCUUUUCAGAAGUUAAAGAGGAACAUGAAUACUGAGGCGGAGGCUCCCGGUCUCUUCAGUGUUCUCUUCAAGUCCAGGUUGAGUGAAUUUGUAAACAUGGCGUCCGGUAGGUUCGCAGCUUUAUAAACACAGCUUUGUGUUUGUUCUGUGGAUUUAAGUCGGUCUCCCUCUGAUGACACACAGAUCCUCUCCUACUUUUCAUAUUCCUUAAGUACUUUGCAUGAAGUUCACCGGCUCCUAUCUGAGCGCCCUGGACGAGGGUUAUCACGAUACAAGAUGGAUACUGCAGCAACAAAACAGAAGUCUGAGGCACACAAUAUGAGGUCCUUGGCUUUAAUUAUAGGUCCGAAACACACACGUGCAUGAACAGGACCUGUGGCCGUGCAUUAAUGGAGAGAUGUCAGAGUGAGGCUGCUCCACAGGGGGCGCUACAGGGCUGUUUGUGGUUCGGUGUCUUGCCUAAGAGCGAGAGACUCAGGAGGUGCAUCUCUCUCUCCAACUUCAAUACUUUGGUCUGUAUCGAAUCAGCGACCCUCAGGUUCCAAACCCAAGUCCUUACAGACCGAGGACCCCCUGAAUUAUUUACCAAAAACUGCAGCAAAACUCCUGCAUGCUUUCUAAAUUGCACAAAUUCAUUAGCAACGUUUCGGCACUGAAACAAAGACAUCGCAGAGAUAUUUGGGGAGGGGAGGGGGGAAUACCUUUUAAGAUAACUGACAUUUUAUACAGAAUUUGAAAGCACUACUCCUUGCAUUCGAAAUCAGAGUGGAUUUAGAACAAGAAACUUCUGGUUUAAACGGACGAGAAUAUGUGACCUUUAAAAGGACUUUGAUUUUGAAUCGAAGUCCAGAAUUUAAACCGUCUUUGGAGCAGGAAACAAAGAAUACACGCCCACUUUGGGGUUGUCACAAUACCAGACUUUAAAACUUGAAUACCAUACCAGGAACAUUCAAACUAUUUUGACACUAAGGUAGCGAAAGUAGAAACCAAAGGCACCUAAUUUGGGGUAAAUUAUUUUUCUUAGUUUCUAAACAUUGCAGACAAACUCCAGCACCCAGGGUCUGAAUUAUACAAAACGUGCUGGUGAAGUUCUCUGUGUUUAACUUGCAGCAGUGUUUUGGUGAAAAAUACGACUGAAGAUCUGAAGUUUCAUCACUUUUCAAAACGUUGGAUCAUCAGAAUAACAGAUUGUUUUUAAGACGUGGCAUCAACCUUACUCUGUGACUUUACUUGCAAACGUGUUGUUGCAUGCUACGUAUUUUUCUUGCAAACCCGACAGUGUGAAAGUUUAGAUCUUUUUCAAGAUCUUGUUUCUUGUUUCCUAGCGCUGUUCUGGGCCGUCAGACGGCGUCAUCACGCUGUUAAUGGUCUGAUCAUGCAGUCUGAUAUUGAGCAUGAUGGCUCAUGAGAGGAGGGACGAGCUACCUGCACUCUGGACCUAAAGGUGUAAACACCUGUCAAUCAAACGGGAACAAACACAACCAUAUCUGUUAAGAAAGCCAUCGAAGAGAUCCUGAACCCAGCACAGACUUCAGAUUUAGAUUAUUAAAAGUGAAACAUGCAUUCAGAGAGAGCCUCACUGCAGGACGCUUCUGGUUUAUUCUCAAUGACAUCAUCAAAUGUUCUGGUUUCUGCUGGUUGACCUGUUUUUCUUUUUUAUGAGAAUGUUUCCACAAGUUGAACUGAAAACAGACGACCACCUGUUGAAAGAGCAGAACGGAGACGCCCUCGACAGGACGACACUACCGCUGAUGUUUGUUGUGUUUGGAGAUUGUAACACCAGCAGCACGUUCAUGUUUCUGUGCCAUCGUCUUUAUUGGGAAUGUAAAGCUCACUAUGACGUGUUUGUAUGGAUUUUUACUUCCUUGUUAUGCUUCAGAGUUAAAGGCACAAAAAUUAAAGACCGUGUUCAAACAA